UUCAUUUAUUUUCAUUAAAAGAGUAAUCAAUCAAAAUGCCAGGCUCUAGGAAAAUGAUUUUGAAACACGUCAUGUCAGGGAUAUGUACGAAAAUGAAUAGAACCAAACAACUGCCAUCUGACGUAAUGGAAACCAAACUUAAUCGAUGCCUAAAUACAUUCGACAUCACUUUGUUGGGUGUUGGACAUAUGGUUGGAGCAGGCAUAUACGUCCUUACAGGAACAGUGACAAAGGAUAUAGCAGGUCCUGGCAUAAUAUUAUCCUUCAUGCUAGCAGGCCUUGCUUGUCUGAUGUCGGCUCUAUGCUACGCUGAAUUUGGCACUAGGGUACCAAAAGCAGGGUCUGCAUAUGUUUACACUUACAUUAGCAUCGGAGAGUUUUGGGCUUUCGUUAUAGGGUGGAAUAUUCUACUGGAACAUAUGAUAGGUGCUGCCUCUGUAGCAAGGGCUUGGAGUGGCUAUGUAGACUCGCUUUUUGGCGGUGUUAUUAGCAAUACCACGAUGUCUUUAACAGGGGAAAUGCAUGAGCAACUUUUAGGGAAAUACCCUGAUAUUUUGGCCUUUACUGUAUGCUUAGUGUAUGCUCUUUUACUGGGCAUCGGAGUCAAAGGAUCUGCUAUUGUUAAUAGCUUGCUUACUUUAAUCAAUUUGGGGGUUAUGGCCUUGGUAAUAGUUGUAGGCUUCAUGUACGCAAACGAAGACAACUGGACGGCCCAAAAGGGGGGAUUUCUGCCCUACGGCUUCGGGGGGGUGAUCGCCGGCGCGGCGACUUGCUUUUACGCGUUCGUGGGCUUCGACAGCAUCGCUACAUCCGGCGAGGAGGCACGCAACCCCUCGUACAGCAUACCCAUGGCCACCGUAAUAUCAAUGGGCAUCGUAACGCUGGGCUACAUCCUCGUAGCGGCUGCUUUGACCUUGUUGGUGCCGUACUACGAGAUAAACGAGACCGCGGCCUUGCCCGAUGCUUUCGCGAAUGUAGGCAUGCACUGGGUUAGAUACGUCGUAUCUCUGGGCGCGAUUUGCGGAAUGACCACCACGUUAUUCGGAUCUCUUUUCUCGUUGCCGAGGUGUAUGUACGCCAUGGCGCAGGAUGGGUUGCUGUUCGCUUUCAUGGGCAAGGUAAACUCCAAAACACAGCUUCCUCUCACCAACUUGGUUAUAUCUGGUGUAGCUUCGGCGAUAAUCGCGCUUCUAUUCGAUCUAGAGAAGUUGGUGGAGUUUAUGUCCAUAGGGACUCUUCUGGCUUACACUAUAGUGAGUGCCUCUGUGAUUAUCCUGAGAUAUAGACCGUCGUUCGAGUCAACGCUCCCGAAACCCGUCACAACUCCAGGUUCUGAGAUAUCUCAGUCGGACACAGCUUCAGAGCUGACCACGCCUGCGUCGGAAUGCAUUAACCUCACUGGGACUCUAAGGGUUCAGUACGGCUGGAUGGCACCGCUUUUCGGGGGGUGCGAGCCGGGUUCUGUCGUGACGGCUUGUGUUUUUGUUUAUACUGUGUUCAGCUCUGCCCUUUGCAUUCUGUUCCAAGUGUCGAGCGGUGAUUUAAGCAAUGGUAUUUGGUGGACUGUCGGCAUGGCUGCCUUCUUCAUUCUCAUCAUGGGCGGGUGUAUGUUGGUCAUAGUGGCCCACCAUCAAAACAACGCUGGGUUGAGAUUUAAAGUGCCCAUGGUGCCGUUCAUACCAGCUCUUAGUAUUCUCUGCAAUAUAGAGUUCAUGGUGCACCUUAAUGUGCUUACAUGGUUACGAUUUUUCGUCUGGAUGAUUAUGGGUAUGUUGGUUUACUUUUUAUACGGUAUCCACCACAGUGUUGAAGGUGAGAACACCUCGUCGUAUUCAAUAUUAAUGACUUCAUCAGAGGCUGUUAAAGAAAAAUGGGGGGCCACCACCAGAACAAACAUUAGAGGCUUGGUGACGAGAAGAAGGCAUUCUUCAAACGACAGGAACGCUAUUAUGGAUGAUGACGAAAGUACUGACUAAAUUGGUCUCGGAGUAUACUAGUCAAAAGUUAUGAAAGUAUUUUUUUGGACUCAGCGGACAAUUUCAGGAAUUGCCUGUUAAAUGUCC